UACAAAUAUCAGAAAUUUUAAUAUCAGAUGAUGAUUUAUUUGAACCAUUUUUCGAUAAAGAAACAGAUGGUAGCUCUGAAAUUCCUGUUGAAGCUGACAAGGACCAUGAACUUAACCUGCAAUCUUUAAUUGCAAUAGUUAAUUCCAAUGAUAUUCUAGAAAUCUGA